UCAGACGUUCCUCUCCUUGUUUCAGGUCUUGUGGUGCGCUGGUCUGUAGACACUCUUCUGGAGGUGGGAACAGUGCCUCUGACUGUCAUCUUUUAGACAUUUCCUGGCCCACCAGUCCGGUCUUCGUGUUUUCUUAGAUGUUGUACAGACUUCCAGAGGUCCACAGGAGGUGCGCUGGGAUCCUACUGCUUUGAUGUGACCUCAGGCUGAAGAUGGCGUGGGAUCUUCGGGCUGUGUUCGCCACUCUGAUGCUCCUGUCUGGCAUGGCGUCGGUGGGUGGGAACCUCCUCCUCCUGCUGCUGCUCCUCCUCCGCAGGGAGCUGCGCACCGACACUCUGGGCCUCACGCUCAGCUUCAGCCUCAGCGACCUGGCUCUGGGACUAUCCACCAUCCCCUUCGGAGUUCACAACAGCCUGGCAGGGCCGGACAGUUACCCUGGCAACGGUGCCUUCUGCCAGGGCAGCGGCUUCAUCUUCCUGCUGCUGCAGACGUCAUCUGUCCACUCUCUGACCUGGGCCACCAUCGACAAGUUCACGCAGAUCUGCUUCGCCCUGAGCUACCGGCGCCUGUGGACGGCGGCUCGCGUCCGCUCGGUGCUGGUCGUGCUGUGGGCGUUCUCUUUGCUCAAUGCCAUGCUGCCGCUGCUCGGCGUUGGUAGCUACAUGUACAGUGAGUCGCGCUACCUGUGCUGCCUGGACUUCAGGCCCGAGAACCGAACUUUCGUGGUUCUGUGGACAGCGGUGGGCAUCGGCGCCCCCAUUGUCACCAUGUGUUCUCUGUACACGUACAUCGUGUACGUGGCCCGGAAACAGGCCAGGAGGGGCACAUUCAUGUGCAACGAGCUGCACUGCUUCUAUGUCCCCGCCAACAACUACUUGAGGAGCUCCGUUGUCAUGGUAACCACCUCAGUGUGUCUGCUCGUCUGCUGGAUGCCUUAUAUCUCCGUGUGUUUGUACGAGACCUUCGGUGGCGGUCCCAGUCCACCUGUGACCUCCGCCCUGUCAGCCUGGCUUGUCCUGAGCAGCUCUGCCCUCAACCCCUGGAUCACCUGCAUGACGCAGAUGUAAGAACCGACACUCAUGGACCUGUGCUUCCACACACCGCAGCACACAUG